AUGAACCUCGACGAAACCAUAGUCCAAGAAGAUGUUGUAUUGGCGGUCCGAGGUGCACUUGGCAGGCCAGACUUAGAAGUUCUGUGUCAGCUUUUCGCUCGGUAUGGUAACACGAAGAAGGCCAUUCUGCGGCUUUCGGAAACGGAAGCGGAGUCGUUACUGAAGGCCAGGCGAGUAAAAAUAGGGUGGGUCAACUGCAGAGUCCACGCCAGAGUGGAAGUAGAGAGGUGCUUUAGAUGCCUCUGUUACGGCCAUCUGGCUGGAGGAUGCAGUGGGCCGGACCGAAAGGAGGCUUGCUGGAGGUGUGGCGGUCUCGACCACAGGAAGAGUCAGUGCAAAGGGGUAGCCCAGUGCAUUGACUGUUCCGAUCGUGGGAUGGAAGACACAAAACAUCCUUCAGGGAGCAGAGCCUGCCCGGUGUACUGGAAGAUACUAAAAGAUCUAAAGUCCAGAGCUUAG